AUGGUUGUAGCAAUCACUGCAGUUAGAAUACUACUAUGGAGUGCAUUGUUUUGGGUUGUCCAGACCCGUGCCCAUCGUAAACCCAGAUUCAGUAAGAACAUCACCUACGAACUUGGAGCACCAGUGAUCACUAAUCAAGUCGAUGUAUACUACAUCUAUUACGGAAACUGGACUCCAAGCCAAAAAGCUUUGGUGGAGGACUUUACUAAUGGACUCGGAGCAUCCUCAUGGUGGGGCAUCAUGACCAAAUACUAUUAUCAGGCAACAGCAUCGUCAGUCAAAAUCCCAAUCAAGGGAUCGGUAUCGUUAAGUGGAGCUGUAGCCGACCCAAACUACACUUUGGGUAGGUCACUCUCUGGUUCGGCACUCACAAACAUAAUCUAUUCAUACACUUCUACCGGUCGCCUUCCACUCAAUACUCAAACGGGUGUUUACUUUGUCCUUACAAGCAGUGACGUAAAUGUAUCUCAUGUCGACACGGCUCAAGGAGACACUGAAGUAUUUUGUGAGGAUUAUUGUGGAUUUCAUAAUACUGCUCGACUGCAGUCGGGUGAUGUAAUAAACUAUGGACAUACAGGGGAUGCGACACAUUGUCCAGGAAAUGGAUGCACACCUGCAAUGAACCUGCAGGCAUCCCCUAAUGGUGAUAUAGGAGUCGAUGCAGCAGUGUCAGUGAUUGCCCACGAGCUUGCUGAAGCAGUAUCAAAUCCUGAUCCAAUGGGCAGUAGAGCUUGGCAAGAUAUGCUGUCGGCAGAGAAUGGUGACAAGUGUGCGUUUGUAUUUGGAGAAACCUCGACCAAUGCCAAUGGAGCUAGCUAUAAUAUGGGCUGGGGUCAACGCAAGUUCUUGGUGCAGCAAAACUGGGAUCCAGAAGUUCAAGCUUGUGUUUCUGGAUACGAUCGCAAUCUGAGGUGA